CUAAAACAUCUUUUCACGGUGGUGGGUUCUACUUGUGGAGAAUUAUUAUCUGUCGAAGUAAGUUAGCCGUAUUUGCUCCAAGAUGCUGGAUUUCUUCACCAUCUUCAGCAAGGGGGGCAUAGUGUUGUGGUGUUUUCAGGGUGCCGGGGUCACCGAAUCCUUCACUGGGCCUGUCAACGCUUUAAUCCGCUCCGUCAUCUUGCAGGAACGGAGUGGAAGCAACUCCUUUACCCACGAGGCUCUAAGUCUUAAAUACAAGCUGGAUAAUGAGUUUGAGUUGGUUUUUGUGGUGGGUUUUCAAAGGAUCCUUACGCUGACGUAUGUCGACAAGUUUAUAGAUGACGUCCAGCUCCAUUUCAGGGAUCGUUACAAGAAUGAACUAGAACAGAGGGGGACAUUGAAACUUCUCAACAACAACUUUGAAUUUGAAGAUGACUUCAUGAUGCUUCUUAGGGAGGCAGAGGAGAGCAGCAAAGCUCGAGGCCCUGUCUCUAUGCGGACUUUUAAUGAGUCUCAGAAAUCCCAAAAAACUGUGAAGUCAAUGAUUGAGACAAGGGGUGCGGACAAAGGCAAGGAACAAGGAGGCAAGAAGAAUAAAAACUGCAAAAAAGAGGCUCCUGCAGCUGAGCCUGUCAAAGGGGAUCAAGGAAAGGCCUCUUCCAGCAGUCAAAAGACAAUUGAGAAUGGCAACCAGGGCUUGACUCCAGAUGAGAUAAUACAAAAAAGGAGAGAAGAAUUCUUCCGCAAGCGCAUGGGGGGACCUGUUGAGAAACCCAGUAAAUCCCCCAAGCCACAAAAGCCCAAGGAAAAGCAGAUGCGUGUUUGGGGUACAGCUGGCAACAGCACCAAGAACCUGGACUACAGCCAAGAAAAGGAAAAUGGUACCAGUGGAACUGGAGACCAGAACCACACAACACAAAUGGAUGUGGGAAUGAACCUUACCUCCAUGAAAGGGGAGCUGCUAUCUGUGGAUUGUGAGUCCAGUGAGGAAGAUGAGAUGGAAGAGGAAGAGGAGAGAAUAUCUGUCACUGAAACAAGCAAGAUAGCAGCAUUAAGUAUUACCAGUCUCUUUAAGCUUCUUCUGGUUUUCUUCAGUCCCAAAAAGCGUGGUGGGUUUGGGGGCAUGUUUGGGAUGCUGAAAGGCCUAGUGGGCUCUAAGAGCCUGUCUCAAGAGGACAUGGAGCCAGUACUGGACAAGAUGAGGGAUCACCUCAUCGCUAAGAAUGUAGCAGCUGACAUUUCCUCCCAGCUCUGUGACUCUGUUGCCAAGAAGCUGGAGGGCAAAGUCAUGGGCACCUUCACCACUGUGGCCUCAACAGUAAAGCAGGCCCUGCAAGAUUCGCUGGUGCAGAUCCUGCAGCCUAAACGAAGGGUAGAUAUCCUAAGAGAUGUCCUGGAAGCACAGAGCCAGCGACGGCCUUUUGUCAUCACAUUUUGUGGUGUCAAUGGGGUUGGCAAGUCCACUAACCUGGCAAAGAUCUCUUUCUGGCUGAUUGAGAAUGGGUUCACUGUUCUGAUCGCAGCCUGCGACACAUUCCGUGCCGGAGCAGUGGAGCAGCUCAGGACCCACCAGCGGCGCCUGAACUCUCUGCACCCUCCUGAGGAGCAUGGGGGCCAGCCAGUGGUACAACUCUAUGAGAAAGGCUACGGCAAGGAUGCAGCUGGAAUUGCUAUGGAAGCCAUCGCCUAUGCCCGUAACCAGGCCUUUGACGUAGUGCUGGUGGACACUGCAGGGCGUAUGCAGGACAAUGCCCCACUGAUGACUGCUCUGGCCAAACUGAUUGCCGUCAACAUGCCGGACCUCGUGCUGUUUGUCGGAGAGGCCCUGGUGGGCAAUGAAGCUGUUGACCAGCUGGUAAAGUUCAAUCAGGCUCUGGCAGACCACUCCAUGUCUGACAAACCUCGCCUCAUUGACGGAAUUGUUCUCACCAAGUUUGACACCAUCGAUGACAAGGUAGGCGCUGCCAUCUCCAUGGCCUACAUAACAGGUCAGCCUAUUGUGUUUGUGGGCACAGGGCAGACCUACAAUGACCUGCGCAGCCUCAACGCCCGCGCCGUGGUCAGCGCCCUGAUGAAGGCUUGAGUGUUUGCAUGUUCUGUUUGAUCAUCUGUGUGGCAAAACCAACCAACCUUUGUUACACUGUCACGAGAUGCUCUGGGCCUGCUAAUCUGCAUUUCUCAUCCAGUUAUCCCCGAGUCCCCCUUCACCUUGGCACCCAACAAACUCGAGUCAUGCACAGGCUUGUAUUCUCGCAGCUCCAGGCAAGAAUAAAGAAUGAGCAUGGACUUUGAAAGACAAGAGAGAAUGUUGCACUACAAAGACAGAGGACCCUCCAUUUGCAUUAUUUCUUAAUUUUUGGGCCAAAUUUGAAAGUACCUGUUUUGCUGAAGCUUUGCAGAAACGCCACACAAAUGACAUUUUAACUGACUUAUCCUCUAGCCAAACAAAUAAAUCUAGACUAAAACUGCUGUUCACCUACUGGUUUACCCAAUCAGAGUUUAGUAUCUUGUUACCUUUACCCCUUAAUGUAAAUGAGGUGAGGUCAUAAAAGCUUGUUGGAUGUGACAUUUCAGCAGUUGCCUGUUCCUGAGGACAGCUUAGUGACCACAGUGCCUGCCUGCCUUCCAUCUCCUUAGCCCCUGUUUUCACUGCAUGAGGGGUCAUCCAUUGACCGUACCAGUUGGAAUCCACUACUUCCACUUUAAGAGGAUCAGUCUUAACAAGAAAUUGCUUGAAACAGAUUGGAUUUGAUAUAUUAUCAAAACAGAAGGCACUGGUCAAUGUGCAUUGCACUACAAUUGUAAAGGACAAUAAACAUUGUGACUCUGCACCUUUAAGAGUUGCUGUGGUGUUGAGAAAAAUGGUUGUACUUAUUGUGAGGCUGAUCCUCUCAUCCCUUUGUCAACUUUGGUGCUCUGGGUUGAUUUUUUUCCCCUGUGAAAGCCCCCCCCCCCCAUCUCUUUACUAAACACAAACAUUCUUUGGAAAAUGUGAAGAGUUGGUUAUAUUCUAAUUAAUCGUCGAGGAUAAAUACUUUUGUAAAAUUGUAGUUCUCACACAUUGUUCAGUUGAUAAUGGACUACAUUUUCUGUCUGGUCAAUUGGAGUCCUAUGGACCUAUUACCUAUGUUACUCUGCAUAAAGGAUGAAUAGGUCUAAAAUUUUGUUUUUAGUAGUGCAAUAAGAGAGAAUUGAGAGAUAUAAAGAUUUGUCCUAAUUUAUGAGAAUGUAAACAUUUCCAAAUAAAGCUGCUACAUGCUGUAAAGGCCUGCGCGGUGACACUUUUGU